AUUUAACCAAAGAAGAAGACCAACCGGAAGUCAGAGCGGGAAGCAGAGCUAGUCGUGGAGCUAGCGGUCGCCCUUGCUAAGUUUAAGAAUGGCUAAUUUAGGGAACUGGAGGGAGUCAAUCAGGCAGCGGUUAGCUGCUGCUGGAGCAGACAUACUCGCUGAGUGUGAAAACGCGAUCAUCCACACGGAAGAGCAGAUCCUCCAUCAGCGCAGAAUGCUGGACGCCAUGAAGACAGAAGCGAGGAUGCAAAUAAUCGAUGACAUUAAACGGGAGGAGGAGGAGGAAAAGGAGGUUCUCCCUGAUGAUCACCUUUCUGACCAGGAGGAGCCUUCCGGUCUGGAGGAGGAUGAUCUAGAACCUUCACGGGUUAAAGAGGAGCAGGAAGAGGAGCCCUGCACCAGUCAGGGUGGAGAGCAGCUUGUGCUGAAGGAGGAGACGAGUACCAGCUCGGAGACUCUCGGUGCGAGGGGCUUCAGAGGAGAGCUUCUAGGUGAAGACACCUGCAGAGACGCCUCUGAGGAGGAAUCCCAGAGGAAGCGUGACCGUAAGACGGGGGCCAAACGGUUUUCGUGUGAAGUCUGUGGGAAAGGUUUUGAUUAUCGGGCUUCUUACGUACUCCACAUGAAAACGCACACCAACGAGAAGCCCUUGGGUUGUAGAACAUGUGGGAAAAUGUUCCGGAGAAGUGAUAAACUUCUGCUGCACACGAGAACGCACACGGGCGAGAAGCCGUACCUUUGUAACAUCUGUGGCAAAAGCGUUUCCGACCCUUCUAGUUUUAAGAAGCAUUUGUCGAGCCACUCGGACGAUAAGCCGCACACCUGUGUGACGUGUGGUCAAAACUUUAAAUACACGGACACUCUGAAGAUCCACAUGAGAAUCCACACGGGCGAGCGGCCGUACGUCUGCAGCCUGUGUGGGAAUAAAUUUGUUAACGCGUCGAAGCUGAACCGCCACAAGAAGACCCACACGGACGAGAAACCGCACGUCUGCGACACGUGCGGGAAAAGAUUCAUCCGCCUGCACGGCUUAAAGAAUCACAUGAAAACACACACAGGUGAGAAGGUGUACGCCUGUGUGGCGUGUGGAGAGGGUUUCAGCUCCGUCUGCGGUCUGAACCGUCACACGAAGGUCCACGCAGGCGAGACGUCGCUGGAGUGAAGCGUCUCUGAUGACUAAACAAACCAGAAAGAUCCUUACAGAGACUUUAGGUGGGAUUGCAGCACGGCGAUGGCAGAAGUCCGUAGUUUACUCUAUCGGAAGGAUUUUCUCAUUUCAACCCAAAGUUUUUCUUGUACUUUAAGAUUCUGAGAGUGCAGAGAAAAAAUGAAUGAGUGAAUAUUAACCAGUAAAAUGUUGGUUAAGAAAAUAAAAACGUAAAACUGAGCAGAAAUCUUUGUUUUGUUUUGUUUUGCUGGUGAAGCUGAACGCAGCCCAAAGAGUGUUCAUCUCUGUUUGGAUUAUUAAUAACAAAAAACGUUGAUGCAGUGAUGGAGGUGAACGCUGAAAUGAUUAUUUUGCCUUUAUGUCGGCAAAAACAGUAUACAUACAGCGGCCAGCCCAAAAAGCCUCCGCCGGGAUUUAACUGUAAGACUGGUAGGAGGAUGUGGAGGAUAGGGCUGUCCCGAUGCAACCUUUUCACUUCCGAUACGAUAGCGAUAUUGCAGCCUUCAGGAUUGACGGAUACCAAUAUCAAUUCGAUACGAUAGCAGCACAAAUCCUGCAGACUGACUGUUUCGGAGUGUGGAAUUUGUGAAAGGCUUGAUCCAGUGAUAUUACUGUGUCAGAGAACAAGAGCCAAUAACAGUAAGUAUGAAAAAAAUAAAUUUUUCUUAACCAUUGGUUGCAAAAAUGUGAACCUUAACGGACUGCUUAGAUCGGAGAUUUUUGAUGCCGUCCGAUAUAAUCCAGCAGCGAAAGUUUCAUCUCCUAAAAUUAAUCCAGAUUUUCAUCUUUAAAAAUUAAACAACAGAAUUUCAACAGAAUAUUUUUCAGUUUUUAUUCCGCAGCAGAUCUUCAGCAGAAAUCAGGUGACCUGGUGACCCGGGCCAAAGCAAACGUCAGCCAAUCAAAUCAUGCUCAUUUGACCAUGUGACACCUUGUUAGGGAUUUUAUCAAUCACCUAAUACCUGCAGCAAAGGGAAAAGACAAUCACACGAGUUACUGUUUGCAAAUCAGGGCAGAUGCUCAAAGGCUCGAGGCUUACAACUGCAAGGUGCAGCUGCCCUUCCAGUUUAUUUAUCUCAUGAGGUAAGACAGGAAUGCGUGUGUGGGGGUGGGUGUGAAUAAGAAUGCUUUCAGGCAGAGUAAUACAUAAUACAUUCAGUUAAUGGGAUUAAAGGCACAGUCUGCAACAUUUAAAUGUAGAAUAACUUUAAAAAUGUUUGAUUUUGACCAUCUGACCCAAUUUUAUUUAAAAAAGUAAAUAAUCUUUAAUAUUUCAAUUUUCUCCUAAGUCCCUCCCCUGCCCUGUAGAGCUCAGCCAAUAUUUCUGCAAGCCUAACGCGUUGACCAAUAGCGCUGCGUUUCCACCAGGGGGCAGCUGUCAAUCAUCGAGCCACGAGCGGUCUCAGCGUGCACAAUAGUGUCACGCGCCUCACUCGGCUUACUGCAGAAACAUGGAGCAACAAAACCCCAAAUUACCGAUUCCUCGACUGCCUUCCACAUCUCAGAAAACAUUUAAAAAGUUUAAAAGCCCUUCUUCAAAAGUGGCUCUAAGACGUUUGAGACAGUCGAGUAGAAUUUACAUUGGAGAUUGUUUUACACACGAUGGAGAGAUUUUCAUGAUCUACACGGCCUGAAAACGGAUGAAGAGGUGGCAAAGUAUCUUUUAGACAGUCAUCAGUCCAAAUAUGAAGCAUCAACAUCUACACCAUUGAAGCGCCAACUGUUUAUUUCUCCAACACCAGUGCCAGCUCUGUCUAGCAUUCAUGGAGAGUCAUCUGAAAGGGAUGAUAAUUUGGAGGAGGUGAUGGAACAAGGUGAAACUAAAAAAGAAGGAUCUUCACAAAUUGUUAUCUUGUGUGGGAAUUGAAGCAAACAUUGACGAGGAAGAGUUCAACAAUAUUCAAAACUCUGU